AAUUUUUGGAUUGCCACUGCCCAAUUUUAUUAGACCAUUUUUAUUAUUGAUUAAACCAACCCAUAGCUUUAACCCUAAUCUCACCCAAGAGAUUAGUUUAAGAAGAAAAGAGAUACUUAAAAAAAAAACAUGCCAUAUUCCCCUAAGUGGUAAGAAAUGAUCAAAUUCAACUCGAUUUUUUGGUUCCGAAAGGAUCUGAGACUUCACGAUAAUCCUGGUCUUUGGCACUCAGUCAAAGAUUCUGAGAAUGUUAUAUGUUUGUACAUAUACCAAGAUGAGACAGUUAAACAAGCUUGGCCCAUAGGCUCGGCACAAAAAUGGUGGCUGCAUCACAGCUUAGCAUCCCUCUCAAAAUCCAUCAACGAGAAUGCAAAUGGAAUUGAUGCUACGGAAAUGAAACUCUUGAUAAAAAAUGGUGACCCGAUCCCUAUUCUCAAAUCCAUAUUCAAAGGUGACCACGUAAAAUCCCUCUACUUUAACAAGGUCUACGAGCCCCACUACGUAAAGCAAGACAAACUUAUAACUGAAAUGCUAGAAGGUAUGGGUGUCACUGUUCGAUCCUUCAAUGCUUCUCUCUUACUCGAACCCGACGUGAUUCGCAAUAAAACCGGCGGCUAUUUCAAGGUUUUCACGCCUUAUUGGAGAACCUGUUUAGAAUAUCUUUUUCACCUUCAAAGAGGAUCACAGCCUCGCAAGCUUUACGACCGCCCUUGUUUCAAUGUUAAACACAUCUCCAAACUCAUAGCAUCUAUCGAACACGUCAUUAAAUCCGAUUCGUUGAGCCACCUAUCCUUGUUGCCUACUCACCCAGAUUGGGCUGGCGGGCUAAGAGACACUUGGAAACCCGGCGAACUUCGAGCCCUUGAACGAUUACGGGAUUUCUUGUCCGAUGGAAUCAAAAAUUACGAUUCCAACAGAGAUAACCCACAUUUGACAACUGGCACUUCCAGACUAUCACCCCAUUUAGCGCUGGGUGAGAUUGGACCCUGGCAAAUCUGGCAUGCCAUUUUUCCAUCACGCAAUUUUGAUCUCAAGGGUUCGCAGGGCAAGGAAAAGUAUCUGGCUGAGUGCGGUUGGCGGGAAUUCUCUUACUAUCUUCUGCACCAUUUUCCCGAAUUUCCAUCCAAAAAUUUCCGGACCGAAUUUGAUCGAUUUCAAUGGUCACCUAGCCAAAACGAACCAUUCUUAAAGGCCUGGAAAUCGGGUCUCACGGGUUAUCCUAUAGUUGACGCUGGUAUGAAGCAACUAUGGCACGAGGGUUACAUGCACAACCGGGUUAGAAUGAUCACUGCUUCUUUUCUCACCAAAGACCUCCUCAUAGACUGGAGGGUAGGUGCCGCAUGGUUCUGGGAUACCCUGGUGGAUGCGGAUCUCGCUAACAACUCAUCCGGAUGGCAAUGGGUAGCCGGAACAGGCGCCGACGCCUCUCCUUACUUUCGGAUUUUUAACCCUACUUUGCAAGGAGAAAAAUUUGAUGCCGAGGGGUUGUACGUCAAAAAGUGGAUUCCAGCCCUUGCAAAAGUGCCAUUGAAAUAUAUUCAUCAACCCUGGAAAUGUCCUCGCGUUAUAUUGGACAAGUGUGGAAUAGAGCUCGUAAAGGAUUAUCCUAUGCCUAUCGUCGAUCACGAGAAGUGUCGACUUAGGGCUUUACAAUAUUACGCGAAUUUGAAAAUCGGAGCGAAGUCUGUCCUUAAAUCCCAUGAGGAUGAUGACCUUGUUGAUGACGUUAAACAUUCAGGAAAUGGUAAGUCUACUCGUAGUCAGACAAAUAAAAUUGAUUCCUCUAUAAUACAUUCGAAAAAAAAUAAGAGAAAAUCUUGAAAUUUAUAAUUAUUUAGAUUAAUAGUAUUUAUUUUUUUUAAAGAAAAUUAUUUUUAUAUCUUCAAAUUAUAUAAGGAUAUGUUAUCCUACCUUAUCUUAUGUCUAUAUAAAUUAAAUAUUAAUCAUCAAAAUGUUAAAAAUAUUAUUGUAUUUUAAUUUCAUAUUGUACUCGU